GAUCAUCGGAGGGGCAGCGGGCGCCGGGAACCCGAGGAGGAGGAGGACGCAAUGAAGGCGCAGCCGCUGCUACCGGCGGCGCUCAAGAGGCGGAGGGGCCCGCGCGUGGCGGUGCUUGCGCUCGUCCUCUGCUCCCUGCUCGUGCCCUUGGCCUUCCUCUUCGACCGCGCCCCCUCCGGGUACGUGACGACGGAGGAGCGGCACCGACAGGAGGUCGUUCUGCCUUCGUUGGAUCACGUGGAGAAGAGGCGUCGCAGUGGCGCUGACAGUGGAGAGCGACAGGAUGCGCCGGAGAAGAUCCCCAGAAGUAGUGCAGGAACGAUUCAUCAACGAACACCAGAGAAGAACAUCUCCAAAGGCAGUGCUGCAGUCAUUCAUCAACAAACACCGGAGAAGAACAUCUCCAAAGGCAGUGCUGGAGUCAUUCAUCAACAAACACCAGAGAAGAACAUCUCCAAAGGCAGUGCAGGAGUCGUUCGUCAGCAUAAGCAAAUUGGUAGCAACACGACAAGGGAUGAUGCUAAACCAAAAGUUUUUGCAGCACCAAAAGUUGAACCAUCAGCGGAUGUGACGGAUUCUACUAAAGUCGCAAGAGAUACUAACCAAGAAGGUGAAAAGGCUGAUGAAGUGGAAAAGGCGAAGUCCUGUCAACUUGAAUUUGGGAGUUAUUGUCUCUGGUCUAUUGAGCACAAAGAAAUAAUGAAAGAUUAUAUAGUGAAAAGGCUAAAAGAUCAACUCUUCGUAGCACGCUCAUACUAUCCAAGCAUUGCAAAAAUUCAAGGACAGGAAGCUCUGACUCAGGAAAUGAAGCAAAACAUACAAGACCAUGAGAGGAUUCUUAGUGCAUCAUCAGUUGAUGCUGAUCUACCAUCCUUUAUCAACAAAAGGAUGAAGCAGAUGGAGCGAACAAUAGCGAGAGCCAAAUCUUGCACAGUAGAUUGUAAGAAUGUUGACAGGAAGCUUCGCCAGAUACUUGACAUGACUGAGGAUGAAGCUCGUUUUCAUAUGAAGCAGAGUGCAUUCCUGUACAAUCUCGGUGCCCAUACAUUGCCGAAAAGUCACCAUUGCCUUUCUAUGAGGUUGACACUAGAAUAUUUCAAAUCAUCUUCAUUGGAUUCUGAUGAUUCUCCUGGGAAGUUGAGCAGACCAGAAUACAAGCACUAUGUUAUACUAUCUAGGAAUAUUCUUGCGGCUUCUGUAGUGAUCAACUCAACUGUGAGCAGUUGUAAGGAGCCAGGAUACCUUGCUUUUCAUAUCCUAACUGAUGCUCAGAACUUUUAUGCCAUGAAACAUUGGUUUACCAGGAUUUCGUAUAAAAAUGCAGCUAUCCAUGUCAUAAACUAUGAAGCAAUUGUUUUGGAAAAACUUCCAAAGUAUACUAUCCGGCAGCUGUUUUUGCCAGAGGAGUUCCGUGUUCUGAUUAGGAGCACUAAGCAGCCUACUGAAAACACUAGAAUGAAAUAUCUGUCACUGUUCAGCCACUCACAUUUUGUUAUUCCAGAAAUCUUCAAGUAUCUAAACAAGGUGGUUGUGUUGGAUGACGAUGUAGUUGUUCAACGUGAUCUGUCUUUCUUGUGGCAUAUUGAUAUGGGAGACAAGGUAAAUGGCGCUGCCGAGUUUUGCGAUCUGAAACUUGGUGAAAUGAAAAAUGUCUUGGGUAAAACAGCAUAUGAUCCCGAGUCGUGUGUAUGGAUGUCGGGGGUGAAUUUGAUUAAUUUGGAUAAAUGGAGGGAGCAUAAUGUCACAGAGAACUAUCUGUUGCUCAUGCAAAAGUUCGAAUUCAAGGAUGAGCUGUCCCUGCGAGCAGCAGCAUUUCCUCUGAGCUUGCUAUCCUUCCAACAUCUAAUAUAUCCCCUAGAUGAAAAAUUGACCCUGGCUGGACUUGGAUACGAUUAUGGAAUCGAUGAAGAGGUUGCGCGGAGAUCUGCAUCAUUGCACUACAAUGGCAACAUGAAACCUUGGCUUGAAUUAGGUAUACCGGACUACAAGAAGUACUGGAAGAGGUUUCUUGACCGAGGAGAUCGAUUUAUGGACGAGUGCAACGUAAAUCCGUGAUGCAGAUGGACCCAAGAUGAGAACAAUUGAGUAAAUCUGGGACGCAGAGCUGGACCUGAAAUCAGAACAACAUCAGCAAGCCUUACCGAAGCUUGUGUCGACGAGAACGAAUACUAGUGGUGAAGCCAGGAUUUUUUGAGUUGGAUAUUCCCAACCUGAAAGUAGUGUACACAAGAGUAUAUACGGUAGCAUAAAUUUGAGUAAAUGCUGGGGACUACGAUCCAUCGACCUCCCUCUACGGUAACAAAAAAAUUCAAAUCAGUCGACUUC